UUAAAACAAGUGGUCCGUUAAAGGUGGUUGGCCAAUCAGCGUGAGUUGUCAAUACGCGGUAAACGCGAGCUUUCACAACAUAAUGGUGGUAUUAUGGCGCUAAUGUAUUUCACUGUAUCUCAAUGUCCAAAUUUCACUGUCGGAGGCGUAAAUUGCACGCGUUUUUUGUAACGUUUACCUUUUUUUGUGGUUUUAAGGUUCACACGAUGGUAGAAAGAGAGUAAAACUUUGUAAAGUGAGUGUUUUUGUGCUAAAAACAACUCUGCAGACAUUUGUUGUGGGAUGUACACUAAUAAUAGUCAUUCUAACUGUUUAUGUCUGUUUUUGUUUUAUUAUUAGUAUUUGUUUGUGAGGUUAAUUAAAUGCUGUAUGCAUGAAUUGAGAGUUUAUAUUUGAUAUAAAUGUACACACUAUGUCGAGUCUACCUCAAAACAACCUGAAGGAGCAACUGGAGCGACACAGUAGUGCUGCACAGAACAAAUUGUCACUGCUCAAACCAAAGCCUGGGGGGUUUUGCUUCAAAAAGAAGUCUCCUUCAAGCAUCACUAAAGUGGAAGUUCCUCAAAAGGUAACUACUGCAAAUGUUUUUGCAAACAGGAGUGUCAAUGUUCCACACAGCUGUGAAGUAACCAAAACUCCUGUGACAUUCCAAAAAAAGCCUGAAAGAGCAGCUCCAAAAGUCAACUUCUUCACGGCUCCUAGCAGACUGAAGAUAAGCACUGUUAACCCAUUAGCCAACCCUUUUGCUGUGAGUAAAACAGCUCUUUUACAGUCUACCAUUAUGACUUUCCCAAAACCCACUGUCCUGCCUGUGGAUUCCACUCAUGCCCAAACUGUGGGUGAGCUUAAGAGUGACAGCUCUCUUUCCAUUACCAUCAAUGAAUGGGAUGAUGACUUUGAUGAUUUUGAAAUCCCAGUCAAGGGAAGAAUAGCAUCUCCAGGUGCAGGGAUGUCUUCGAAAAAGUUAAGUGGACCAGACCAGAAAACGCACCUAAAUUCCUCUUCAACUAAGAGUGAUGAGACUACUUUAAAUGGCACUUCACAUGCUACAGAUAUCAAAACUGCCCCACAGGACAUCCUAUCAGCUGCUAAUGGACUCAGCACAGAGCCUACUGAGAGAGAGCCAGAAGACUCGCCUAUUAGAAGGACCAAAACACAUAAGAUAUCAAUCGAGCAAAAGUCAUUACUGAGUGACUCUGAAGAUGAGGAAAUUAUCGACUGUAUUCUACCAGAUAAAAAGGAGAAUUUCAAGUGUACAGAUGAGAAGGAACUUGCUAAAGAAAGUAAAAGGGCUGAAACAGACAUCAUAGACAUUGAUGACAGUCAGAAGGAUAACUUCUAUGAUGAUUUUGAGGAUUUCAUCCCCCCAUCCCCUAUGCCAGAGGAUAUGAGCCCUUCUGUCUCUGAUAAGGAGAAAAGCACAUCUGACCCUGUUUCCUGUUCUGACAAAAAUGGAUCACCUCUGGGAUCUUGUUUGGGCUUGUCAGGACCCUUCAAUGGACCUGCCAAAGAAUCAAAAGGAUUUGAUAACGCUCUCUUUAGUGUUAUGGAAUCGAUUUGUUGUCUAGUGGAUACUAUUCCAGAACAUGAACUUAUAGCACUGACCUGCGGUACAGAGCUACUACUGCAGAGAGCCCACAGGAAAAGGAUUCUUGCUAAUAGUGCACCUUCUAGAACAUCUCAUUCAGACAGAGUAGCAACUCUGUAUUCCAGUCUGCUAAACUGUCAAAGUUUUGGAGUCACAUCUUCUAGUCUAACAGCAUCAUCAGACAUCAGAAAAGGAGAACAUUUUAGUAAAAGCUUUCAGUUCCGUAAAUCCAUUGCUUCUGUCAUGUCCCUGGGUAAUAAUAGUGUAUUUGAAGACUCUGACUGCAUCAUUAAUGGGGUUGAAACCCCUGGUGGUUCCUGGAAUCCAAACAGCUCCUCAAAUACAGUAACUAAUGGAGAAAUCAUACAUUUAGACUUGACUUUAAGCAAAUCUGAUUCCAAGUGUGAUAAAUCCUACUCAAAGUUGUCGUUCAAGGAGCCAGACAAUCAGACUGUGGAUUCAGAGCAGAUGGACCUCUUCUUCUCCCCCAAGAGACCAAUGGAUUCUGGUAGGAAGAUUGCUGACAGCAAUGCUAAAACAAACACAACAGUAGCUAACUGCACUCGUGGAAACACUGAGCCAGAUGAUGAUUUCCUAAUUGAUGACUUUGAUAUUGAUGAUUUUGAUGAAACUGACAUCCCAGAUUAUUGUGAGGAGCCUCAAAAUGUCUUUACAUCAAAAGGCAGCUCUGCUGCUAUAACACCAUCGGUGCGGGAGGGAGGCGCUUCAAAAAGUUUUGAAAGAAAGUCAUUCUCUACACCAGCACCAAAACCUGCCCAAAAAAACGACCCUGAGCCCACAUAUAGAAACCCAGCUCAUGAUCGCUUUAGAGGCUUCAACUUCCCUCACAGCCCAGAGAUGAUGAAGAUCUUCCACAAGAAGUUUGGGCUUCAUCAGUUCCGCUUCAAUCAGCUGGAGGCUAUUAAUGCCACUCUGUUAGGCGAGGACACAUUUGUACUGAUGCCUACAGGUGGAGGUAAAAGUCUCUGCUAUCAGCUUCCAGCUUGUGUGUCGGCUGGGGUGACUAUAGUCAUAUCUCCUCUACGAUCUCUCAUAGUUGACCAGGUCCAAAAACUUACCACAUUAGAUAUCUGUGCAAUAAGUUUAUCAGGAGACAAAAGCGAUAGUGAGGCUGGCCGGAUCUAUAUGCAACUGUCUAGGAAGGAUCCCACUAUCAAACUAAUUUAUGCCACUCCAGAGAAAAUUUCUGCAAGUGGAAGGUUGAUCAGUGCCCUUCAUAAUCUGUAUGAAAGAGGUCUGCUGGCUCGCUUUGUCAUUGAUGAGGCACAUUGUGUCAGUCAGUGGGGUCAUGAUUUCAGGCCAGACUACAAGCGCUUACAUGAGCUCAGACGGAUGUUUCCAAAUGUUCCUAUAAUGGCAUUGACAGCCACUGCCACUCCUAGAGUUCAGAAGGACAUUCUUAACCAGCUGGUAAUGACCCGUCCUCAGCUAUUCACUAUGAGCUUUAAUAGGCACAAUCUAAAGUAUUCUGUUAUGCCAAAAAAGCCCAAGAAGGUUGACGAGGACUGCAUUCAGUGGAUUAAGAAACACUAUCCACGUGACUCAGGUAUAGUGUAUUGCUUGUCUCGGAAUGAUUGCGACAAUUUGGCUGACAGUCUUCAGAGAGCUGGGAUUGCAGCUUUGGCCUAUCAUGCUGGGCUGAGAGACAGUGACAGGGAAUAUGUCCAGAACAAAUGGAUCAACCAGGAUGGAUGUCAGGUUAUUUGUGCCACCAUUGCGUUUGGUAUGGGUAUCGACAAGCCUGAUGUACGUUAUGUGAUACAUGCCAGCCUGCCCAAGUCAGUGGAGGGUUACUACCAGGAAUCAGGCAGAGCUGGGAGAGAUGGAGAGAUGUCCCACUGUGUGCUCUUCUACUCCUACACUGAUGUUAUUCGCAUCAAGAGACUAAUUGCUAUGGAUAAAGAUGGCAACCAGCAAUCCAAAGCCACCCACAUCAACAAUCUGCACAGUAUGGUGCAUUUCUGUGAGAAUGUGGCUGAGUGCAGGAGGAUCCAGUUGCUGGGUUACUUUGGCGAGCACACGUUUAAUACAAGCUUUUGUAAAGAGCACCCCGAGGUCAUCUGUGACAAUUGUGCCAGACCAGACAAAUACAAAUCAAGAAACGUCACGGAUGACGUGAAGAAGAUUGUGAGGUUUGUGCAGGAGAACUGUGAGAAGGUUGGAAACCGAUACGGUAAAACUGGUCAGCAAAACCGGCUCACCCUCAACAUGCUGGUCGACAUAUUUAUGGGCUCUAAAAGUGCUCGAAUCCAGACUGGAAUGUUUGGGAUGGGAACAGCUUAUUCCAAACACAACGCUGAGAGACUCUUUAAGAAACUGGUUCUGGAUAGCAUUCUGAUGGAGGACCUGUACAUCACGAACAAUGGGCAAGCAGUGGCCUAUAUCUCAGCAGGGCCCAAAGCCAUGAGCAUACUGAGUGGCAGUAUGCAGGUUGAAUUCAUUGAGACAGAGAGUGCGUCUAGCAUCAGAAAACACAGAGCCUCUGUCACGCAGAGUGUUUCUAAGAGAGAGGAGAUGGUUAAAAAGUGUCUAGAUGAACUCAAAGAACUGUGCAAGAAGUUGGGCAAAGUCUUCGGCAUUCAUUACUACAACAUUUUCUCCACAGCCGCACUUAAAAAGAUUGCUGAGACCCUAUCAGCUGAUCCAGAUGUUCUGCUGCAAAUUGAUGGUGUUACUGAAGAUAAACUGGAGAAAUAUGGAGCUGAGGUCAUCGAACUGCUGGAGAAGUACUCAGAGUGGCAGCUUCCUGCUGAGGGGCAGUGCGAGAGUUCAGGAUGGAUUGACACAACACAAGGCCAUCAGAAUGAUUAUGAUGAUGAUGAUGACGGAAGCAGCACGUCAACUUAUUUCAGAAACACCUCUGGACGGGGGGCGAAGAGAAAGAAAACUGCUGUCUCCAGAAAACCUAAAAGAAAGAGAGGUUCGAGCAGCCAGAAUUCCUCCUCUAGAGGCGGAUACAGCAAUAACUGGUCUUCAUCAAGAGGAGGAUACAGGGGUGGGAGUCGGAGUGCAGGCAGAGGUUCCAGGCCAGCUCCAUCAGCCGCUGCAGGGAAGAAGCCUGGCUUCAUGGCUUUGCCCACCCCACAGAGUGCUGCUUGUCCAUUCUUGAAACCAGCGUUCUCUCACCUCUAGUGGAAUGUUACCACCCAGAAUUUCACAAGUACU